AUGAGGCCGUCGAUUUACGGCUAUGUGGAUCAACAAACCGGUGGGUAUAUUGGUGCAAAUGUCACCUAUCCAGCAUUUGAAGCAGCCCGCGAGCACUGGUACCUCAUGCCUGGAGCCAUCCAGAUCAACGCGGCUCAUAACAUCCACUUCCGAGGCGGAACAUACACGCAGCUGGGCGCCGGUGGCUUUGGAAUCGGGACUGACGAUAAUGCGUGCAUCACCGGCGUCGGCCUCGGGGCGAAAAAUAUCUCUGUCCGCGAGGGCUACUUUACACAGGUCAUGGGCAAUUCGAUCACAGCAGGUGGCAUCCAAAUCCCAGCACACCACCCAAACGACAGCCGCAUGAUCAAUUCCGGAAUUCACAUCGAGGAGAAUAUCUUCUACAACAUUUCAUCCCUGUUUAGUUCAACUGUACCAAUCUUCUUCUCCUACGUGCAAGACUCGUCCAUCAUGAAUAAUGAUAUCUCGCACGCACCGUACUCGGGCAUCUGUCAUGGGUACGGCUGGGGAAUGAACGACGCGGGCGGCAGCCAAACAUACAUUGACCGUGGUACUUACCAGUAUCAGCCUCUUUUCCACACCCCAACGACGGCAGAAAACAAUCUAAUCAAGGGCAACCUGAUCAACGAUUAUGGCUGGUCCCACACAGAUCUCGGGGGUCUCUACACGCUGUCCAAGAGCCCUUCGACACAGCUUGUCGAGAAUUGCGUCUACGACAGCCAGUGGUACGGCCUGUACACCGACGAAGGCUCGAACUCAUUGAUCAUACAAGACAACACGUUUCUGAGCUUGGGGAACUUGGGCAGCACAUGGGGAUGGUAUAAUCCGAAUCAGGGAAUCCCAAUCCAGCCGGGCAUGCAUACCGCGAACAAUACCUUAAUCGGAAACACGGGCGUAUGGGCCCCAGGGCGCGAUUUCACCAACGCCCCCGACGGUACAGGUGUUUUGAACAACACUUUCCUCCGCAACUUCGUCAUCCAUGAGCUGGCAGAUAUGACUGCGGCUAGUAAGCGAGUUGCCUAUCGAGCAGGCAUCCCACCAGCCAAGCGCAACCAGCGUCCGGUCUCGAAUACGCCGUCCUUCGAAGAUGUGCACGCCGCGCUCCACUUUCCCACGGACAAGAAAGGGACUUUCCGAGUUAGCCUGCAAAACUUUGACGACGGUGAACUUACCGGAGUGUCGUUCCAAGCCACUGCUUCGCAUAGUGCCGUGCUCAAGCCUAUCCAUGUGCCUGCUACGGUACCUGGAGACAGCGAGUCCACGGCCAGCUGGCACCUGUCGAUUCAAGGAUGCCAGGCACCGCAAGUCUCAGUCCAGGUUACCUACACAAAUGCACGGACGCAAAUAACGAAGAGCAUCUUGCUUAAUGGGACGAUGCCCGGCUUACUUCCGCUGGACGCCAAGUGGACUCCUUCUUCCACCUGGCCUGCCAGCUAUGGCCAGCUGUGUGACACAGUUGGCAUCCGUUCAGGCGGCCGCAAUGUCAACGGCACCUACGACGACUGGGCCGUCCUUGCGCACGAGGCUGUGAUCGGGUCCAAUGGGUCAGUGACCGCGCGGGUCGUCUCGCUCGACCGGACGGACCCCUGGAGUAAGGCCGGCGUAGUCGUCCGCGACAGUUUCCAAACCAAGAGCCCAUCUGACGACGCGAGCCACGUCAACUCAACGGGAUAUGCGGCCUUGAUGGUUACACCGGACCACGGAUUAAUGAUGCUAUGGUCACCGUCCGACUUCGACUCGCCGGGCGAUGGCUUUCUCAGCAGCAACAUGACCGUUUCGGAAGUUACUACGCCGAUCUAUCUUCGGCUGAACAUAUCCACGACACAUGCAACGGGAUUCUACUCUGCGGAUGGUCAUUCCUGGACAAAGGUCGGAGACUCGGUCAUUCUCCCACGCCACACGGCAGGGUCUAAGGCAGGAUUGAUUGUCAAUUCCCAUACGGGCUAUCGCGAUGGGACCGCUCUUUUUGAUUCUGUGGCUAUUGAUUCAUAA